AUGUUUGCGGACGCUGAUCAAGACGAGUGGGAAGAUCCCUACUCGGCUGUCAACUUGAAAUUAGCGGCCCAAGAUGAUACUGAGCGCCCGCCCGUGGCUGAUCCCCCAGAGUUCCACCCAAUAUCAUAUGCGGAGAACCUUUGCUACAAGGCCAAUGCCCCGUUCGACCCAGAUCAGGUCUGGCAAGUGCGUCUUCUCAUCGAUCGCUAUGGUGAGCUACCACACGUUGCAUUCUUGGUUGAAUGGGAAACGGAUGGUGUUCAGCUGGCAUGGGAGUGGCCUGAGAACUUGAAGGGCGUCUACUGGUGUAUGAACCAGGUGAACGCGUGCAAGCGUAUCUCAGCUGGGUCAUCGGAGACGAACUUGUGCUUUCUGCACUCGUUCCAAGCGGCUUGCUACGGGCUUGGGCAGGACGGCCUGGUUAACAGUGGACACUGGAACCGCUUCUGCCGUGCCCAGAAGAAGGGUUUCCCCAACGGCGGUCUCACGCGUGAGAUUGACGCGUUCUUCAACUUCAUUCGUGCUGAAGGAGUCCCGCUGGAUUAUCUUCAACUGUUCAAGAAGGUCCAGAAGUUCUCGAUGACGACCGUGGCUGAGCUGGAACGCAAGGCACUCCAGUUUCCGGAUGGCUGCUACAUCGUCCAUGCGGGUCAGCACUACGUCGAACACUGCUUCGCGCUUGUGGUUAAUCAUGACCCUGCGAAACAGGAGUUCCCGGUGAUAACCUUCGACGAUUACAACGAAUCUGCAGCUCCGCCUUGUUCGUUGGAACCUGUCUGCUAG